AUGGAAGCAGAACAGGUAACAUUGCAAGGGAUAUCCGUCGAGAUCCAACCAAUAUCUUUCGGAAAACUUGCCAUGGCUCAUUUACCAUCCAUAUUGCUGCCAGCUGUUUUCUUUUGUAUAAUUUCCCUCGCUAUCCUUUUUGCCUUGCUGCGACGCAAAUACACUCAGCGGUUAUUAGAGUCCUGUGGACUUCCCACUCUUCAUUGGAGACCACGAUUCGUCAAUUACAAACCCUUUGAAGACGAACAAAAGCUGGCCUCUUCCAGCAUUACGAGAAUACUUCCUCGUAUGCAACGACUGAAAGGCCCAUAUGGAAUGUAUGGGACGGUAUAUGGAAUCUCGACGGCGGUGGUACACGUGGCUCAUCCAGUUCCAACCAAGGCAAUCUUUGGUAUUAGUGCUGUCAGUACCAAUAGCAGCAGCGACUCGAGCCGACCGUCCAACGCACCCAAAACGCGGCGGCGGUCUUCCGUGGUGAACAGCACAGGAGCCUCUAAGGCGCCAGCUUACAAUCAUUUCAAAAACUUCUGUGGCGAAGGCGUCUUUACAGCGGAUGGAGAUGACUGGAAAGCCAAAAGGGCCUCGGUUAUGCACUGCCUCAUCAAAGGAACCAACAGCUCACUUUCGGAAGCUUCAAUACGGCUAGAGCAAGAGGCCAAUCAAUCUGCUGAUGCGUUUUGUGCUCAAAUCAAACAGCUACAGUUGGAUCAACAUAAGAAGAGGCCAUCUACCGACAUCGUUCCUUUGUUACAGAGAGCAACAGUGGGACUCAUUUAUAGAUAUAUAACUCACGAUGAGCCUAAUUGGCAAAAAAGGGAUGGGAAACAGCAAAAGAAUGGACCUUCGUCCUUUUCCUCAUCUUCGUCGCCGUCAUAUUCCGCAACCAGUAUGAGUCAAUUGCAGACAUACAUGGAGUCAAUAAUCCGCAUUCGCAUGAUCAUUUUGGCCCAGUCCCGAUCGAUAUGGUUCUUACUACCACGUUGGUGCUAUCGCUUGUUUUCUUCCCUCUACAAGGAUGAAGAAGAGACGUUAGGACCCAUUCGAUCCUUUGCCGAAGAAGCCUGCCAUAGAGCCAAACCUGGCUCUCCCUUGGCUAACCUGAGUCAACGCAGCAGUCACGGUGGUGUGCGUGCCAACAAUAACACUGAAAGUGACGGUAUCCACAAGGAUCUGUUGGAUGAAACAAUCACGCUACUCUUUGCUGGGCAAGAUACCAGCGCGGCAACCCUGUCGUGGACUCUUCAUUUGCUCAGCCUCUAUCCUGAUAUCCAAACCAAACUAGCGGAAGAGAUCAAGACGAUUUUCGAGGAAGAUGCGAUUUGCGCAGAGAAACCAACAGUUGGAAGAAAAACCAUCGUCAAGUUGCACUAUUUGGAUGCCGUUCUGAAAGAGUCCAUGCGGCUGUACCCUGUGGCACCCUUUGUAGUACGAAAGCUGACAGCUGAAGUUCCAGUGCCUGCGGAUAAUCCAAAGGAACCUUCUGUGACACUACCAGCUGGAUCGAUUGCUUGCAUUUGGAUAUAUGGGUUACAUCACAACCCCAAGUUUUGGGACCGACCCAAUGAGUUCCGUCCCGAACGUUGGCUUGAUCCGCAACAAAAGGAUCCCGGUCAGACCAAUGGUGCCUACAUGCCAUUUGCUUCUGGUCCGCGAAACUGUGUUGGCCAACCAUUGGCUUAUAUCGUUUUGAGAACGCUACUGAGUCGGAUCAUAUCCGAGUACGAAUUUAGAGACGAGAAACAGCGGAGAGGGGAAGAUCCUGGUGUGUUAAGGAAAGACAUGCAAGCUGGGUUUACUGUGUUGCCAAAUGGAGGUGUUACCUUGACAAUUCACAAAAGACAGCAAUUAUAA